ACGCUCUCCUCUCUGUAGUGACUCUCUUGUCUUGGUAACAGCGCGUGUUGUCAAACGUUGCUAAGGAAGUAGUGAAGCUAACGGUACUUUUAAAUGAUCCUCCCUUGGACCAAACUACAGAACACGAAAGGUGUAUGACAUAUAAUAAUGAGAAAACUCCAUCCACCUGACAACAGCUGGUGUCACACAGGAGAAGAGGAUGGCUGAGAAUGAAGAGGACAGUCUCUGUCAGUCCUGUGAGGCUCCUGGUAAAGGAGACUCAGUUGUCAAUGACAGCCAGGCACUUAAGACUCUGUUUAUACCCGCCAAACCCAGCAGGGAACACAAAGAUGCCCUCAAACUCAGUGCCACAAACAAAGAGGCAGACAGCAGUCCAUAUCAGCCUCGACCACCCCCACGAACCCGGCUGUCCAGCAAAAGUGGCUCCGUGGAGGAGACCGUGAGAGCCAGGAGGCUUAAGAACAGCCAGGAGAGCCUGAGUGACCCGACUGAGACUGGCUCUUCCACGGACUCACUCAAAGAGGACCAAACAGCUCCUGCUCCAGGUGGGUUAGUCCUCAGAGGUGCUUCCACCAUCAGGAAUAACCAGAAUUCCAGCGUGAGACCGGUCUCUGCUGUUAUGAGAGGAUCCCCAGUCUUCCGAGACAGAGGAAGCAGUCUCUCGGAGUAUGAAAGGAGGCCCACAAGCCCGCAGAGCGACACCACAGACCACCAAGUGAGGUCCACCAAGAUGCGCCUGUCUCCGGUGCAACCCACGGGGCCCCUGCCGGCUCUGGAGAAGAGCUUUGCAUCGGCCACUUUGAGGGCAGCUAAUAGGAUUGACAGGGAUUGUUUGGAUUAUGCGGUGCUCGCCAGAGAGAAGCACGGGGAGAGACUCCACAGGAACCUGAGCGACAGCCGGCUUCUGGAGAACAUGGGGUCGGAUAGCGCCUCUGUCAACUCCAUGAGGUCCACCUACAGCGUGCUCAGCCCCAUCAGGCCCCAGGAUGUGAGGAACAGGAGCUUCCUGGAGGGCAGCGUGCUGGGAAGCGGGGCUCUGCUUGGGGCCGAGGAGCUGGAGCGCUACUUCCCAGACAGAAGGGUGGGCAUCUUCAUAGCCACUUGGAACAUGCAGGGAGAGAAGGGGCUUCCAUCCAACUUAGAUGAUCUCCUCCUUCCAACAGACUCUGAAUUUGCACAAGAUUUUUACGUCAUCGGGGUUCAGGAGGGAUGUCCCGACAGGAGGGAGUGGGAGAUCCGUCUUCAGGAGACUCUGGGACCUUACUACGUCAUGCUGUACGCAGCAGCACACGGUGUUUUGUAUCUCAAUGUGUUCAUCAGAAGAGACCUCAUCUGGUUCUGCUCAGAGGUGGAACACGCCACAGUCACAACCAGGAUCAUCUCUCAGAUCAAGACCAAAGGGGCUGUGGGAUUGGCCUUUACCUUUUUCGGCACCUCUUUCCUCUUCAUCACCUCCCAUUUCACCUCUGGUGAUGCCAAAGUUUACGAGAGAAUACUUGACUACAACAAGAUCGUCGAGGCGCUAGCUCUUCCAAAAGGCCUGCCAGACACAAACCCGUACCGCUCCACAACGUCUGAUGUCACCACAAGAUUCGACCAGGUCUUCUGGUUCGGAGAUUUUAACUUUCGAAUAAGUAAGGACCGCGUUGAUGUGGAGACCCUCAUAAACCGCACAGUAGGAGGGGACAUGGGCCCUCUAUUGGAGCACGACCAGCUCUCCAAGGAAAUCAAAGAAGGCUCCAUUUUUAAAGGCUUCCAUGAGGCACCGAUACACUUCUGCCCCACGUACAAGUUUGACAUCGGCUGUGAUAUCUACGACACUACUUCUAAACAGAGAACUCCUUCAUACACAGACAGGAUCUUGUUCAGGAACAGGCAGGCAGAUGACAUAAAAGUGGUAAAAUACACCAGCUGCUCCAGUAUCAAGACUUCAGACCAUCGGCCCGUCAUCGGUGUCUUCCAGGUCAAAGUCAGGCCGGGCAGAGAUAACAUUCCACUAGGUGCAGGCCAGUUUGACCGAGGCCUGUAUUUGGAGGGUAUAAGGAGGAGGAUCACCAGGGAGCUGAAGAGGAGAGAGGCCAUGAAGAACCAAAGUAGCAGCACCAUCUGCACCAUCUCUUGAAACCCUUCAAAUGAACUCAGGUCCAGCAGAGUGGACUGGAUGAAAUUGUGCCAGAAACUAGAAUGUAAAACCAGGGUGGACAGGAAAGCACCAAAGGGAAACCAGGGUUAUCUUAUGGACAGUACUGGACGCAGUAGGUGAGCAGGGUGCGCCCUCUGUUGGGCAUUAUUGGGAACUUUGUAUGUGUGAGAGAGUUGUGGUGGAAGUGGCUGGCUGAACUUGAGGGCAGGGACCUUAAGGUCAGGCAGAUUUGUAGACGCAGCAGUCUGCUCUUUAUUUAUUCAGCCCCCUCUACUCAAACAGGAGUGGGAGGGGGGCUGUCGUGGCUUACUCUUCAGUUACAUGCUCCUGUGUGGACUGAUCUAACCUUUAAAGCCUCUGUGGAACUGCAUUCAUUUUCUUCUUUGUUUUUUGAGACGUUUAAAAACCAUCAUGAACCACACUUUUACAUGUUUUCCUGAAUACUACACCAGUGGUUCAAAUGCCUUGUUAACCUUUCCUCCAUCAGCUUACUGAACAUUAUUACGUUGCACUUUGUAAUGCCACACAGAUGUCUGCCAAUGAUUGAUUUUAACUUGAAUUUAAGUUCUAACCUGAAUUUUUCCAAAAUAGAUUCAGGAGUAUGAAUGAAGAAGGGUGCUUUGGAUCAAAUAGAGAAUCAAGAGCACACCAGUGAUAAACAUCACAGUCAGGAGAUUGUUUCUACUUGUUAAAUGCUACUGUUGAAUUUCAGGGAUAUCAAAUGUAUUUUUAAAUAACUAUCAUAUAACACAAGUUAUACUGUUAACUUCUGUCACUACUUUUCUCUUAUUAGGCCAAGUGAUUCCAACAGACUGUAACUCAAUGCCUUACCUCUCGUUUCAUUGCUGUGUAACCUCAUACAUACUCAACUGUAAACUAUGUACUGUAUGUGACACACUAACAGCACUUGCAUUCCCAGCAUGAAGAAGAGUAUAGUCUGCUCUAACUAAGUGCCUGUGAGUCUUCUUUUUUUGUUCAGGGCCUCUAAUCUUAAUCCAAGUCUUUUUAUAUGUCAAUUUACAUCCUUUAAUAAAUGUUUAUAAAAACAA